GAAUUGUUUAACGAUCACAACACUCAAUCUCUCCGUGUAGAGCUUAUGUAUAAUUCUUAAUGGAAAACCCUUUCUCCAAAAUGGAGAAAAUAUAUCUAUCAUUAUUCCUUGGAGUGAUCCUAACUCUCAUAUUUCUCUCCACAAAACCCUCUCAUGCCCUGAUAGAUAUCGGUAUUAAUCCGCCAUUGAUCCCCAACCCUCGACUUCACAAAGCUUAUAUAGCUUUACAAGCUUGGAAACAUGCCAUGAUCUCAGACCCCAGCUUUACUUCAAAUUGGUACGGUCCCAAAGUCUGCAACUACACCGGAGUGUUUUGUGCGGCAGCCCCAGAUGAUCCUUACGUUACAACAGUGGCCGGAAUAGACAUAAACCAUGCAAACAUAGCUGGUUCUUUACCUGAAGAGCUCGGUCUCCUCACUGAUCUUUCUCUUUUCCAUAUAAACUCCAAUCGCUUUUUUGGUAAGAUACCUGAAAGUUUUAAGAAACUCAACCUUCUUUAUGAGCUUGAUAUUAGUAAUAAUCAGUUUAAUGGAGGGUUCCCUUACGUUGUUCUUUAUUUACCUUCACUCAAAUUCCUUGACAUCAGAUUCAACCAAUUCAGUGGGUCAAUCCCUUCACAGUUGUUUGAUCUGAAACUUGAUGCUUUGUUCUUCAACAACAACAAGUUUCAAUCAUCUUUACCUACAAACUUGGGGAACUCUCCUGUAUCAGUUAUUGUGAUGGCUAAUAAUGGCCUCACAGGUUGCUUUCCUUCGUCAAGUUUGGUGAAAAUGGCAGGAACAUUAAAGGAAAUUGUUAUGACGAACAAUGGAUUUACAGGGUGUUUAAAACCAGAACUUGGCGCGUUAAAGGGAGUGAAUGUGUUUGAUGUUAGCUCUAAUGAGCUUGUUGGGUCACUGCCAGAUGCUAUCGGGAAAAUGGAGAGCUUAGAACAGCUUAAUGUGGCUAAUAAUAAACUAUCUGGUUAUAUUCCAGAAAGUAUAUGUUCAUUGCCUAAGCUAAAGAAUUUCACUCUUUCCAGUAAUUUCUUCAUUUCUGAACCUUCAAAGUGCCUCAAAGUGAGGUCCAAAGAUGAUACAAAGAAUUGUAUCCCAUAUAGGCCAUUUCAAAGAUCACCAAUGGAAUGCAAAGCUUUCUAUGCACAUCCACUUGAUUGUAGUAUCUCUGGCUGCUCACCUCCACGUCCGCCGCCGCCGCCACCACGGAUGAAUCAUUGGCCAUGACUAAAUCAAAGCUCUUAAGACUUUAUUUCAUUUUGGUGAUGCUAUCAUGCAUGUGUGGAAAUUAAAAUCUUUCUUCUGUGUGUGCAAUUUUUUCUUUCGAGAAUCAACAUGCAAAUUUUAUUGGUUAAGUUGUGCUAUUA